CAGAGUUCCCAACAGUACCAUAGAAUGAAGGAUAUCACCGUAAACUAGGAAAGCACGUAAACAGGAAGUAUUUUGAAAAAGAGCGAAAUUUUUUUUUUCUGUAGUAUUGCCCGUUAACUAUCUAAAUAAUUACAGAAAUGAAUCUACAUUUAACUUAAGCUGAAUAUUGAGAUACUCUUACGUAGAUAUAGCUAUAUGACAAUCAAAUUGAUUAGACCGCGAUGACAGUCAUCUGAUGGUUGCUAAAGUUAGAGCUAUCCAGCGCCAAAUCAUAUGAUUGGGUUUUGGUGCGUUCAUUCGCCUACUGGCUAACGUUAGCUAUUUAGCUAGUCAACGUUACAUCACAAGCUAUCUAAUUUAGCUAUCUUAUAUCCAUCUAACUUGAAUUAUAUGUUCAUCCAUCAAUAGUUGAACAUGGACAACGAUUUCCUGCUUGCCAUUCAGCUGCAACAGCAAUUUAAUUCCGAGGCAUCCACAAAUUCAACAAAUGAUGACAACAGCUAUGGCCAAACCACCAAAAAACGGAAAGUUGAGUCUAGCAGCGAUGUCAUCCCCUAUUCACGUCCAUCUAUUGCUCCAGAGAAACCAAUGUCAAUCGUGGAUGAGUCGUGGGAGACGCUUGACCCAAGCCCAGAUGUGAGGGCGAUGUUCCUUGAGUUCAAUGACACAUUCUUCUGGGGAAAGCUCAGUGGUAUUGAAGUCAAAUGGAGCCCCCGAAUGACACUGUGUGCAGGUGUGUGUUCUUAUGAAGGACGAGGUGGACUGUGUUCUAUUCGACUCAGUGAACCUUUACUGAAACUCAGACCCCGUCGGGAUCUUGUACAGACACUUCUCCAUGAGAUGAUCCAUGCACUGCUCUUCGUGACUCUAAACAACAGGGAUCGUGAUGGGCAUGGACCUGAGUUCUGCAAGCACAUGGACAGAAUCAAUCAAGCUACUGGCACUAAAAUCACAGUCUAUCACACGUUCCACGAUGAAGUGGAUCUCUACCGUCAGCACUGGUGGCGCUGUGAUGGGCCCUGUCGAACUCGCAAGCCUUACUUUGGAUACGUGAAGAGGGCAAUGAACCGUGCCCCCUCAGCCCAAGAUACAUGGUGGGGGGACCACCUGCGCUCCUGUGGGGGCACUUAUACCAAGGUCAAGGAGCCGGAGGGUUAUGGAAAGAAAGGCAAGAAGACAGACACCAGCCAAGGCAAGAAGCCUACAGACAAGCCCACAAGCAACAGCAAGCCUUCCAGUACAGCUAUUGCAGGCUCUGGUUUACAGGACAUAAGGAAUAUCAUCCCAUUCAGUGGCAAAGGCUUUCUGCUUGGAGGGAGUUCGCAGCCAUCAUCAUUUCAACUCAAGAAACCUAUUGUCAACAGUCCCACAACACCCUUCACUACUUCUGUGUCCCCCAGGCUUGUGCUGUCACCUCCAGCUCAGGCGACGGCAAAAGGAAUUGACUUGCCUGGACGGCCAGGUAUGAGCUGCCCACAGAAGAAGGGGAGCACAAGCACCACAACCUCCAUAGCAGGGGGAGCACACGGUCCAUUCAGAGGACCGAAACCCCCUGUUAAAAAAUCUGUCAGCAACACCAAGGCAUUUGUCAACAUCGGUGGCUCACCUGUUAGGAUUUACAAAUCCAACACCACUGUGUCCAAGCCAGAUAGUAACUCCUCAGACACUUUCAAGACCAAAACAGAGCAAAGGUCUGUCCAAGACCUCUUUAACGCCAGUGGCUGGAAGUCUGGAAGUGCAGCUAGUUCUAGUACCUCCACUGUCUCAAAACCUCCAGAUGAGACUAAAAGUGCAUUUUCAUCUGUGGGUGGUUUGAACUUUGGACAACCAGCCAAAGCUGUCAGUUCCUCAGACACCAGACAACUGGACAGCCAUCAUUCUGGUGUUCCGGCCACAUCAAAACCUGCCGUGUCUACCGAGCCUCACCCUUCCAAAUAUUUCAAAGGCCCUAAAAAGCCUAAUGGAGUCAACAUUCCAGUUUCUAGGAAGAGGCCUUGGGAAGACCGCACCUCUGCUCACAUCUUUGACUUCUUUCAGGAGACAAUUGGUGAGUCACCACCAUCAACGUCAAGGAGUACAAGGCAGGACAUUGACAUGCCGACUACCCCAACAGCCCAUCCUGCAGUUCAGAACAACUCUGCCAGCUCUGCAAGCCUUACUGUGAACGUCAGCUGCCCUGUAUGCCAAGCCAUGGUGCAAGAGUCAAAAAUCAAUCAACAUUUAGAUUCCUGUCUCUUGUGAGAGAACUGAAAUGUGAGGAGAAUGCCCUGCAGCUGUUUUAUAUUGCACAACCUCUAACAGGUCUAAGCGUAGGUUAAGUUGUAUAGAGUUUGUUUCCCUGAAAGACGGUUUUGCUAAUAAGUCUAAAUUUAAUUUGUAUCUCAUGUAGUACUGCCGUAAUUAGAGAUACAGUUUUGAGGUUUUCCAGUUUGCAUCUCCUACAUCAUGUAAAACCCUCUGGAAAAAGCCUGUUGGUUUAAGUCUUAAAGAACAACAUCUGGACUGCACCGGGUUGUUACGUUUAUGGUAGUUUGCAGAGAGACUUGUGCCUUAGUAGAUCCAUGUAAAUAUUUCCAAAAACAUUGAUCAAUUGUGACAUGCUGCCUCAGAUAACCAUGUUUAAGAAAAUGUUCCAAAUGUUUUAGCAUUGGUCUUCACUCAUGUAUAAUUGAUUUCAUUGGUGCCACUUUGACUUGAUGGGUCAAGGCAAUGUUGCCAUUACAUAGGCAAUUUGCUGCGGUCUUGAAUUUGGAAAGUGUCUUCCUCGUAUGCUGAUCGGGCAGUAUUGAAUUUCACACGUGCUUGCUAUUCACUUCUCUAGGCCUUAGAAUUCGUCACAUUCGACAGGGUCAAGUGUUUUACAAGGGCAUGUGCUGACUCAUGUCAUCAAUAAUAGUUAAAUGCCUUGUUCAAUGGAAAGCACUAAUGUGAAUUUAUCUUAAGCGUCUGUAAAUUAUCCGUAGUAGAAGUGUGUAGCCAACGAGUAACAAGGCUGUUAUUGAAUAUAUUUAGUGUUUUAGUUGUCUUUUUUUAUUGUCAUUAGUAAUACCAUCAUUGAAUAGUAUUAAUGUAUUUGCAGAUUAUUUUCUGCAUGUUUGCUGUUGGUAUAAAUGUUGUUGAAUGUUGGAUUUGUUUUGUUUCUGAUGAAAUAAGACCAACAUUCAUGUUUUAAUAGGAAUGUUUAUAAAGGGAAAAUAAAAUGUUCUUUCAUACCUUU